AUGGCCAUGCGGACUCGAGGGACCAAGCCCGUCGCCGCGCUCUGGUGCGUCAAUUCAGCUGACGAGAGCAUGCACAGUUCAGCUGACGAGGCCCUGCUAUUAAAGAGGAAAUCUGAAGAAGUUCUAUUCCACUUGAAUGGGCAGUGCAUUUACCUAGUUGGAAUGAUGGGCUCUGGAAAAAGUACGGUGGGGAAGAUCUUAGCUGAAGUUCUGGGUUAUUCAUUCUUUGAUAGUGAUAAGUUGGUAGAACAAGCAGUCGGCAUGCCUUCUGUUGCUCAAAUAUUCAAGGUUCAUAGUGAAGCGUUUUUCAGAGAGAAUGAGAGUUGUGCCUUGAGGGAUUUGUCCUCAAUGAGGCGACUAGUUGUUGCAACUGGAGGUGGUGCUGUUAUUAGGCCAAUUAACUGGAAUUACAUGAAGAAAGGUCUAUCUGUUUGGUUGGAUGUACCUUUGGAUGCCCUCGCGAAGCGCAUUGCUCAAGUAGGGACUGCUUCUCGUCCUCUUUUAGACCAGCCAUGCGAUGAUCGAUACACAGCGGCUUUCUCAAAACUAAGUAUGCUUGCGGAGCAAAGAGAGAUUGCAGCUAAGCAGGGCCACGGUGAUGUUUCUAUGCUAACACCGACCAAUAUCGCUAUUGAGGCGCUACUCAAGAUUGGGAGCUUCGUCACUGAAGAUCCCACAACAAAUGAUCUUGCUGGCAACUUACAAGCUGAUUCUCAGAGUUGCAGGAUGAAGGCCUUGUAG